AUGCGUCCGCCGUUCGUCCGGUGGAUCCCCUAUUCGACAGUUGUGCCCGACCGCAUCAGCGCGCUCCCGGACGCGGUCCUCCAGCACGUGCUCUCGUUCCUGCCGUCUCGCGACGCCGUGCGCACCUGCCUGCUCGCCCGCCGCUGGCGCCACCAGUGGAAGUCCGUGCCGGCCCUGCGGAUCAUCGGCGUCGACUCCUUCGAGAGCGGCCGUCAGCUUAACGACUUCGUCAACCAUCUCAUCAUCAUCCGCGACCGGACGCAUCUCCACGCGUGCGAGAUCGAGGCCUACUCGGAGUACGACGGCCGCGGCAACUACUCCGCCGACGACGGCAGCGAGCGGUCCCGGUACACCGAUCUGUGGACUCG